CAUCACAUAUGCCCGUGUCAACUGAAAAUAGGGUUAAUCACAUAUAUUAUAUAUAUAUAUAUUGAUAUUUUACAUGCAUAAUGCAUUAUAAAAGACAAACAUCACAUCAACUCUAAAUUUCACGCGUCUAACACGUGCUUCAAUUCUUGAAGAUAUGAACCAUAAAUUCCACGUCUAAACUCCAAAUAUUGCAAUACUCAUUCAAUUCUUAGACUCAAAAAAAAAAAAAAAAAAAAAAACAAUGGCUAAUACAUCCCACAUUAUCUCCUCUUCCACCCUCACCUUCCUUUCACCCCUUAAACCCUCUAUCCCUCCACACACCCCUUCAUUUCUCAAGCUUCCCGCCACCGCUUUCGCCGCCUCUCGAAUAAAACUACCACCACUCACCGCAAUUUCCUUAUCUGCUUCCUUUCCCACCACCUCAAAUAAUUCAUCCUCCACAUAUUUUUACGGUCUUUGCUAUGUAGUUCGGGAUGAUGUUGAUACUAAUCAAAUCAUUCCUACACAAUAUUAUUCCACCUUGAAUCAUUACCCUCUUCGAUUUGUUGAGGAUGAUGGGAUUAAAUCAAAAUACUCGAUUAUUAUUGCAGGGAAUAAUUUUGGGUGUGGAAGAGAACAUGCUGAUGUUGAUGCUUUGAGUGCUGCAGGAACAAGAGCUGUUGUGGCUGAAUCUUAUGAUGGGGUUUUUCUUAAGAAGUCGAAUUCGAGUGGGUUGAUUUUUGCUUUGGAAUCUGAGGUUAGGAUUUGUGAUGUGUUUAAAACAGGGGAUGUUGCUACUAUUGAUGUUGAAGAGAGGGUUUUGGUGAAUCAAACUACUGGGAUAGUUUAUCAGUUAAAGGCUGUUGCUGACGCGGAUUUUGGUUCAACAUCUGUUAGUUGAAGUUGGUAGACGAUAUUUGAUCUCAGGUCUUUUUACUAGCUCGUAUUCAUAAGGGAUGAUCGAUUCGUGUGUACAAAGUGUGUAUAUUUCCGUUUUGAGUUGCUGGUGAAAACUGAUGGUUGAGUUACACAAGAUUAAUGUGGGAAAAUCAACCAUUGAAUUGGGAAUAUGAUGAAUUGCAUUUAUUGUUCUUCAAUUCUAGCUCUUUAAUUGAUUUUUUAUAUCUUUCGCAUU